AUGGUUGAAUGGACCGAUACUCAAAUACGUAUUCUCAUUGAUGAGCGUAGAAAUAGAAAUGAAGAAUAUCAUAAUUUUGGAAGGAAUCGAAUCAGAUUUUGGGAUAGCAUUGCAACCAGAAUUAAUCGAGAAUAUAAUACGAGCUUUAAUGGACACCAAUAUAAAGAAAAAUUUUCGAAUCUUGUUCGGGAUUACAAUGGAAUCGAAGAGCACGAAGAAGCCGAACGGGUGCAUAAUAUUUCAAUGAAUUCCGUACACAUUUUUGGGAAAGGCCUGAAGAUGAUUUUGAUAGAAUCCACAACAUUAAUAGUUCUAAUCGUAGACAACGAAGUUGAACAUGAAUUAGGUCAAACAUUACCAGAUAAUCGAAGAAGCCGAAGAACUUCCAUUGAUAGUCGAAGAAGUCGGAGAAGUCAUAGACGGUCAGCAUCUCCAUCUCUGCCCCGUGAUAUAAUAAACAUUAAUACAAACAAUCCUGGUGUGAAAAAUCUUGAGCAAAAUACUGGUUAUACUAGUUCUACCGAAAUACUAUCUCUUCAACCACCACCUUACUCACGGAGUGAGGAUGCUAUCGCAUCUGAGGCCACAGAUGAAGCGCAAAAUAAUUCUUCAGAAAUAAAUCGGGGCCUUGUCGUUUCUAGCCAUGAAGUGGUUGUCUCCGGUAAUAAUUUAACACCUAAUUUGUUAAAUACAUCCUUAUCUCAAAAUGACAGUGAUGUUAGUAUGCACGAUAUUCAAGAAAAUGAUAAGUAUUUUGCGCAUUGUAUGGCCAAGAUUUUAGUCCGGUUGAGAAAUUACGGGAUAUUACUCGUCGACAGCUUAGAAAGCAUGCGGAACGAAUACGUCGUGGCUUUAUUACAUUCUGCCCUCCAUAUCGUACGAGACGACACACAAAAGGAGUUUAGUAUGAGACCGCAAUAUGAAAUCACGAGAGAAAAAAGUACAGGCCGAGUCGAUUACGCAAUUAAGGUAUAUUUUUCUCCAGGACAGAUCUCACAAGGUAGCAAACGACCAUACACCAUCGAAUUCACGGAUGAAGCUUUGAUUGAGGAUUCGGAGGAAUAUCACACAUUUAAUUCCAAUUAUACUCUUAAUACACCAUCAUCCAAUAUAUCCAAUAAUGCUUCAAAUUCUGAUGUAUGGCAAGAAUCUUUGACCCAGCCGGAGGUUGGCUUACUCCAAUGCUCUGCAUCACCUAUAUGCAAACCAAAAUCAUUGGAUGAAAAGAAAGAUGAAUUAUUUCUGGAUUUGAAAAGUAAGGAAAGAGUUAGUAGCGAGAUAAAGCAACGUAAUAGAGAAUCAGCUGAAGACCAAUCCCCGAACUUAAUUUCAGAUGUUUCUAUCUCUCCCGAGCAAAAUCAUGUAAGCGGAAAAGAUGAAGAGCCUGAUGAAAUUGAGCCCACUAAAAGAUAA